CACUCACGGACGCGUCCUCGCUAGCCGUAGUUACGCGUACUACAACGCCGAGCUCUUUGGCCGAUCCCAGUAGCUAUAUACGACAUGUAUUAGCACCCGUGAAUCGGACGAACUCAGCCGUGGCAUACUCCGAUACUCCUACUUAUCUCAAUGAAAAGUGCCGGUCAGUGAUGGCAACGGCUGUUGAUUUGCAAGUCCUUUGUGGAUAAUAGAUAAGUUAUGUCAUCUCCUUAUCUUGCAAUGCUAACGCUUGGCAUAAGAUAAGUCUACGAAACUAUAUUACCUAUCGCCCAUCCAAGAGGGCUUGUCUUUAGUAGAACAUGUCGAACUCCGUCAAGUUGACCCUCUUUUUGCUAUCGUCAGCUGCAGUACUCGCGCACCGGCACCAACACCCUUUCACGAGUCCCCACCAAGUGGACAUCAGCACGGAACCAUGGACAACUCGUUACGGCGCUCAAGAAGACCUAGGCUACACUGGCCCUCUGAGCUUCUCACACUUUCCCUAUACGCGUUGUCUGGAGGACCCUUCUCAGUUAUUCGAUAUCGCGAUUAUUGGGUUCCCGUUUGAUACGACCACCUCGUAUCGACCUGGUGCGCGAUUUGGUCCUUUUGCCAUUCGCUCGGGAUCCAGAAGACAGCAUGCUCGCGGGUACACUUUGACGUGGGGGACGAGCCCGCACGAUCUCGGUGCGGGGUUGCAUGAUUGUGGGGAUGUUCCCCUCUCGGCUUACGAUAACGCAAAAGCCAUCGACCAGAUGGAAGCCGCGUACACCACCCUCCUCUCGCGACCCGUCUUGGGAGGCACCAACGAGGCAUACAAGCCGCAAACCGCCGCUAUCUCAUUGGACGGAAAGGAACAUCCGCGGAUCGUUACCCUAGGGGGAGAUCACACCAUCGUUCUUCCGAUCCUGCGAUCUCUAAAUAAAGUCUACGGCCCGGUAUCUGUAAUCCACUUCGAUGCGCACCUCGACACAUGGCCCCCUGGUGGCACAACGGAGCAGGAACGUAUCACCCACGGCACCUUCUUUGCCGUUGCUGCUGAAGAAAACCUGAUGACGAACACCAGUAUCCAUGCAGGCAUUCGGUGCAAGAUGGGUGGCAUUCAAGACGUAGAACAUGACGACGCUGUUGGGUUCCAGGUCAUCAGCACCGACGAUAUUGACGACUAUGGUAUCAAUAACAUCAUCAAGAAAAUAAGACAGAGGAUCGGGAACAGUCCCGUUUACCUCAGUCUUGAUAUCGACGUCGUUGACCCGGCCCUGGCACCUGCAACUGGAACUCCCGAAACAGGUGGUUGGACGACCCGUGAAGUUAAGCGCAUCAUCCGUGGUCUAUCUGGGCUUAAUUUCGUAGGCGCUGACAUCGUCGAGGUUGCUCCCGCUUAUGAUUCUGCUGAUGUUACCGGUAUCGCAGCAGCCGAUAUAGUGCAUGACUUCCUCACGAUGCUUCAGCUGGGAGAGCCGCCUGCGCCUCACAAAGGUCCAUUUUCUUUAGAGGAUUUGAAGUACCUAUGAAAAGACGGAGACGAGGGUUAAAUGCGGUUCAGGUAGAAUAGAUACUCUGAACAGUCUAGCAAUGAACUGGCUA